GGUCCGCGGCCCCCAAUCCUGCCCCGGGGGCUGAACCGAGCUGGCCCCUCCUCCGGCACGGCCUCCCGCGGGGCGGCGGGCCCCGGGCGCAGAGCGGCGGCGGCGGGGCGCUCCCGGAGCCCGCUCCGCCGGGCCAUGGCGAGCAGCGGCUCCGCGCCCGGCGGCUCGGGCUCGGGCUCCGGCUCGGGCUCGGGCACGACGCUGCCCACCCGCUUCCAGGAGACCGAGAAGCUGCUGGCGGCGACCGAGAGCCGGGAGGAAAAGGGCCUCCGCGGUUCCAAAUCCUUCACGGCCGCGCUGCCGGGCGAGGCAGAGCGCAACGGGCACGGGCUCUCCUACAAGUCGGUGUCGGUUGGGCACCUGGAGGCGCCUCCGCUCUCGCCGUCCCGGCUCAGCCUGGGCAGAGCCUCCUCCAUCGCCACCAGCACGGCGGCACCGGAGCAGGGCCGCCCGCGGGACUACCUGGUGCUCGCCAUCUUCUCUUGCUUCUGCCCCGUCUGGCCCAUCAACGUCGUGGCCCUCGUCUUCUCCAUCAUGUCGAGGAAUAGUGGGCAGCAAGGGGACCUGGACGGAGCCCGGCGACUCGGACGCAUGGCCAGGCUGCUCAGCAUCGUCUCCAUCGUCCUGGGGACCAUCAUCAUCGUGCUCUACAUUUCACUCAGCGUCAGAGUUUCCUAGAAGAUGUUUUAAGAAUGCAAAUGCCUCGAAGAGGAGGAAGACAACUUUCCUUUUGGGGUUUUUACUUUCAGCCUUGCAACAAAAAAUUGUCACAGUUUAGGUGGGCAGCCCUGGACAGCCUGCUCUGGAGCGCCGUCGGAAGGAACGCAUGCUUCUACUUCAUCGCCUCUUGGAAAUGAGUUUGUACAAGUGAUGGAAUAACAAACAUCGCCAGAAAGAAUGGGAAAGGACAUGGGACGCCAUGCAGAGAGGAGAAGGGGGAAAUCCACUACCUCAUUCCCCUCCAGCAAAACUCACGGAGUGGGGAGACAACUAAAGUACGAGAGGAGGGAGUUCCAAGAAGGAAGCUUGUUUUAAAAGGCAAGAACAGGACAUUCUGAGGAAUCCUCCUGAGGAUUUUGGCACAAGUCACCGAAUUCAUGGGGAGUUGUUUGUUUUUAAAUCGUCAGAGUCUGUCUCUACAAUAAAAAAACCCCAAAGCUCAAACUGCCAUCGGGAGCUGAGAGCUAUUCCAUGGAGAAGGAGGGAAGAGCAGAGCUGCAGCAGGACCACGGCUCUGCUCCGAACAAAACUGCAGCAAAAGCUGGAGGAUGUGGUGGGUGCUUUUGUAUUUUUGAUGAAAAAAAACAAACAAAAAAGAGACAAUGACCAUUUGCAUGCCUUUGGGAAUGUUCUCCAUGUCUGUUCCUAUGAGCUCUUUUAUCGCCUAGGGCAGAUAUCAGAGCUGGCAGAGCAGGAUGUUGCUGCAUGAGAACCCCAGGCUCCUCCUCACCCCAACCCAACAGUGGGGUUUUUAAUGGAAUGAAAAAUAAUGCUUUCUCUGUGAACCCACCCGUUUCCCUCUCUGUGCACCCAAAGUGAGGUUAAUACUCAUGGCGCUGAGAAAAGAGCCUGGUAAAUCUGUAGCAGUAUCACGGCACGGAGAGCCCGUUCUACCCACUUACAUAUUUAUGUCACAUCAUGUCCAUCACACAGAAGCUUCAGCAUGAUCCAACCCCCACUUUCCAACCCAUUUGGGCUUCAGUUUAGGGCUUUCCAGGAGAUUUUCAGAGGCAUGGAGGAGUUUAAGAUCCCUGCUCCUGUCACUGCACCGCUCACAUGCUCUUCUGCACCUCUGAAAGUCUCCAGCAUCCCUGGAGCUGGCUGGGGUCAGUUCCACAAGUACUAUUAUUUUUUAAUGUUUUAUAUUUAACGUAACAAGAAAAUAGACUUUGCUCCUCCUGAUUUGCCUGUAGGUACUGUGCACUCCGCCAUGUCUUCCACACCAUGCGUGUCCCUCAGCUUUUUCCCAUGGGAUCCGAUCCCAACACACUCUCUCAAGCCUCCAUUCAGCCUCAUCCCUUCUUCUUCCCCCUCGCCCUGUCCUUGCUGUGGGUUGUUACUGGGGUUGGUCUCUAUCCGACCACCCGGACUAUGCAAAGUUUUAUUGCCUGUGAUUUAUUCAGGCUUUGUAGGUGAUUUCUGACCAUAUCCAUGGGCUCUGCAUUAGCGGAGCCUCUCUUUUAUCAGAACUUUGCGGGAACAAGUACACGACCAAGAGCUGCACUCCCUGGCCCUUCUGUUGGCUCUAGCUGGCAACCUGGCACCUAGAAAUAUGGACUGCACCAAGAUAUAAGGUGCUUCAGGGCACUUCUGCUCCCUACCAUCAAUCUCCUGGGAAAAAACCCCAAACAACCCAAACCUUAGACCAAAUCUAACACUUCUGAGGGCUUGUCUACAUGGAGAAUCUACUGCACACCAUAAGAAACUUCACACAUGGUAACUGCUUGGCACUAACUUCUCUGGACUAUGCGAGUGCGCACGUGGGGGUAGCACAGUGCAGGGUGCGCUGUAAAUCCAUGCUGGUGUCACCUCUGAACUCAAAUAAUGCCCAGCAAAAGAAAACACUUUAAAGAGGAGCAAUCAAACAAGUGACAAAAGAAUGUUUACAGCAAUGCCCAUGGCUCUGCAUGAUAGUUACUGUGGGGUAAGAAAGCCACAUCCCCUAGACAUGCUAUUACCGUUCUUCCCGAUGUUAAAACAGAUUCACAGCAAUAGCACAUCCCUACAGCACUUUUCCUUGGGCUCCAUUCCCAUCCACCCCUUUGCCAGCACUCUAUUACAAACUAUUGGCUUCUAAAAUGGACCAAAUUCACAACCUUUCUUUUGCAACUCAUUUUCUGUGAGCUUCAGCAAACAGGGGCCACUGAGCGCUGCUGGGUGCGAGCUCCCACUCACAGCCCUGCCAGGUUGCCCCUUGGCACCAGAUCUCUUCAGAAACCCUCCUUGGAGGCUCAACAUCUCACCUGAUGGUUGAUGAAAUCCCAUCAAAUCCCCCAAACGUUUCCUUCUUUAACACUUGAAUCCAAAAGCUGCUUGCUGGGAAGCACACGUUAUUUUCCCUGAGAUAUAUAAGGGCAGGCUGCCUGUCUGUGCAUCUUCUGCCCUUUGAGCUGCCAAAAUUCAGCUUAUGGUAAGAGCUGAGCAAGCUCCUCCUUGGGCAGGAAGAGCUGACAUUCAGGGAAAACUGCCGCAAUGAGUUAUAGUACUUGAGAGCACCAAAUAUUUAUUAAGUAAGAAUUUAAACGCUCUUUUAUCAUUAUAUAAAGCCUUUCAUCUAAAGUGCUUUACCUCAUUUAGAGGAUUAAACCCUGCCACCCCCCCACGAGGUGGGUUAGCAUUAUGUUGCUCUAAUUGCACCGAUGGCAAAGUUGCUCAGUCACAUGAGCUUCAAAAAGAAACCCGUGUUUCUGUCUCCUCCUUACUAAAACCACGUAUGAAUACAGAUUUCCUUCAAGUUGGGGUUUUCCAAGAGGAUCUACGCAAACACACACCAUGCUUCAAAAUGUACUGGGAUACCUGCAGUUGUAGGAAGGGGGCUUUGUGAGGCAGCUGCAAUGGUCCUUGCCAGAAGUCCCAUGCUGAGGAAUCACAAAGCAUAGAGGCACCAGAAUUCACCUGGAUGCAGGAGAAGGCAGAAGCAUUCAAAAAAAACCCCACUGUGAUGAUGUGUUGCUUGUACCCAAAGGUGGUUUGUGCCUCCUGUCUUCACCUAUAUCAUGGGGCUGCUGAGGUGACCGCUUCUCGUCUCACUUUUAACUAUUAUAAAAUAGAAAAAUGAAGACAUUUAAAUUCCUUUCACUUCAAAAUCUUCUUUCUGGUUAGAUACAGUUGUCCCAUACUCCUGGAUGCAGCUUUGGUUUCCUACCCUGUGUUUAAAUCCAGGGGAAAGCAUCUACAGUCACUCCUGACACAGUAUUUUCCCUCCCUGUAUUCUGGCUUUCCAGUGCUGGAGAAACAAACUCCCCAGGCUUAUCUGGAAAGUCUCCUCUCCCUGCUCUCCCCCAGCUUCCCUGUACAUUUUGCAGCCUGGUAUUUUGCGAGGGUUUUGGCACUAGAUCCUUGCGCUCCACAUCCUAUGCGGUUUUAUCCCAGCUCAGCUGCCUCUUUGGCUCUUUUGAGUGCAUUAGCUUGUAUUCAUGAAGAAGAAGUUGCUGAUCCCCCAACCCUUGGCACUCACCUCACCUGCCAUUGUAUUAUGAGAGGUAAAUCACAGCAGAACUUCAUUUUGAGGCCACCAGCAGGCAGGGGUCCUCUUUUGGUCUGUGGGGAGCAGCAACAUCCCUCAUGAUUUCGCCACAUGUAGGCACAACCGCUCCUCUCCUUAACUGUGUUUUUAGCACACGGGAGAGUGAUCACAACUAUGUCAUGAAAAGACUUUCCCUCUCCAUCCCCACAAACAAGCCCUGGUACUUGUGACAGCUCUUUGCCACCUGCUGCAGCCUCCUCUCUGCACACACACAGAUCAGAAUCGAGGUUUCCAGGUCUGCAACUAAAACAGUCAUGAAAUCCUCAGGGUCUGGCCAAUCUCUAUCCCCUAGUGAAGGAGAGGUGAGAGAUCUAAGUGAUGUGAUGGCAAUCCAGCCUUACCUGCAGUGGAGCUGGUAGGAGGAUAGCUUGAUGAAGAGCUGGAGAAGGUGGGAAACGUCUCUAAAUGUAAGUUGAAGUAGGAGUUACGAUCGACAAGUGUGAGGUCCCGGUGGGAUAUAAAUACACAGUUUGCAUGGCUUGGGAAGGAGCCUCUGAGCAGAGCACGUGGCUGGUGGCACCUCUCUAUCACCGGUGUCCCUGGGCUCCUCUGCCGAGGGUUUGGGGGAGAGCUGGGCUCUGCAGGGUGACACAGAAGAGCCUUUGCUGGGUACAGCAGUGCUAGAUGGAAGACAGACAGACAAGGUAGCUUGGUUUCAUACCAGCUUCUCAUAGAUGCAAUGGCCGAUGGUCAGAAAAGGUCUAGUAGGAGUCAGUCAAUCACAGCAACACGCUGAUGGGUGCUGGCAGAGGAGGCCAAAGGGAUCUGAGCACAAAGGGAGGAAAUAAAGCAACAAAAGAUUUUAUUUCAGACUUACUUAUGUUAAUGAGGGUUUGAUUUUUCUGGUGGGCAUUUCACUCUGUUCCCAUUUACACCUCUCUCCCCAGCCUUGCCAGUUUAACAUGCUUCCCCUCAGAGCAACGCACGAGUCUCACAAGCUUUUCCCUCCCAUCCUCUGCCUUUCCUUCAAUCCAGGACAGAUCUUGUUGGCAAUGAGGUGUCAUCGCUGGGUUUUACUGAUAGGGAUUAUCCAGGAGGAGGGAACCUGUUCCUCUAAGGCUCUGACCCGGACUCCAGCAUGUACUGCUGCAGUAGCUGCCCUUCCAGAUACAGACUUCUCCAUGUAGACAAGAGGAGCAGAUCCUCCCUUUUACAUAAAAUUAAACCCCUGUUUCCAUUCAGAGUCCAGGGAGAGGCUGCAGAAAUGCAUCCACUGGGCUGGUCCCACGACUUAUCCCUUUUGUAUCCCUGAUACCCCCAACCUCACCCUAUCACUUUGUUCCUUGUCACAGAACCACGGCCAGGGCUGCACAGCCAAGCUGAAAUAAUUGCAAAUUUAAGGUCAUUUUUCUUUCAGUAUAAAUCCUUUAAUUUUGGCAAAGACCAUUCGGUUUGAACUGAGAACUCCCGUGCUUGGGCACAAGCCAAGGGGGUGCUGGGGAAAAGCAGCCUUGUCAGAGUGGGAAUGUUUGUAAAGCAUUUGCUGACACCAGUAGGUAGCAAAAUUCAAACCUAUAAAUACCCAUCCGGGAUAAGAAACAUGAGAAAGGGAACAUGUGCAGGAUUCACCAAGGCAACCCUGAUGCCACUUGUUAGAUGGCGCCCAGGACACGAUCCUUUGCAUGGAAGUGCAGGAUCUAUCCCCCCACUGCCACAACCACCGUCCAUGCACCAGCUCCUCCUGUUUUGAAGCCAAACUGGAAGAGCCACGUUUCACACACAGCAUGAACACAUCAGGAACCGCAGCUGGGUGCUUCUCUUUGCUGAUCGAUGUUUCUUUGCAGGAUGAUGUGGUAUAUCCUAUAUACUUUCUUUGUAUUUCUUGGCAUGAGAAAAAAAUUAAAAUGUAACAUGCAUGGUCAAAGCUGAA